AAAGCGUGUUCGUUUUUGUCAAAACAAAAUUUACCUAAAAGAACUGAAAUUUUGUUCCUUUCUUCAUUAAUUUUUGCUGGUUUUCUGUGUAGAUUUGUAUGAAUUCUUCGUUCACCGAGUGCAUUUCUGUUCAGAAAUGAAGGUUAAAGUGAUUAGUCGCAAUCCGGACAACUAUUUGCGGGAAACCAAACGGGACAUCCAUCGAGUGUUCCGUAACUAUGAUUCGGCGCUGCAUCCAUUCGAAGAGGCUCGCGAAUACGUUCGGGCGUUGAAUGCAACCAAAUUGGAGCGAGUAUUUGCGAAGCCAUUCGUUGGAAGUUUCGGCGGGCACCGGGAUGGUGUAUCGGUGCUUGGCAAACACCCGAAAUCGUUGUCCCUGCUGCUCAGUGGAUCGUACGAUGGAGAAGUUAAACUGUGGGACGUAGCAAAUCGCACUUGUCUGCAAAGCAUACAGGCUCACGACGGUUAUGUUAGAGGGAUUACUUUUUCCAACGAUGGAUCCAGAUUUUUUACUAUCGGUGAUGAUAAAUGCAUAAAAAUGUGGAAUUCGAACGUCGACGAAGACAUCGAGGAGAACCCGGAACCGCUGAAUACCAUUUUGGGAAAAACGGUUAUCACUUCUAUUUCGCACAACUAUGAAGAACCCAUGUUUGCAACUUGUGGCGAAACUUGUCACAUUUGGAACGAAACCCGCAACUCGCCGAUCAAAUCGCUGCAGUGGGGAGUGGACACUCUGUACGAUGUCAAAUACAAUCCGGUGGAAACUUCGCUGUUGGCUGCUUGCUGUAGCGAUCGUGGAAUUAUUUUCUACGACCAGCGAGAAAUCAAACCGCUGCGUAAAAUCGUCAUGACGUUGCGACCCAAUCAACUGGCCUGGAAUCCGAUGCAAGCCUACUACUUUACGGUAGCCAGUGAGGAUUACAACCUGUACACGUUUGAUACCAGAAGACUGAAGAAUCCGUUAAAGAUUCACGGUGGGCAUGUUUCAGCCGUAACGUGUGUCGAUUAUGCUCCAACGGGUCGCGAAUUCGUAGCUGGCAGCUACGAUAAAACGAUCCGCAUUUUUGAUUCGCACAAGGCGAACAGUCGUGACGUGUAUCACACCAAGCGGAUGCAGCACGUAACCAGCGUCGGCUGGUCGCUGGACAAUAAGUACAUCUUUUCCGGAUCGGACGAGAUGAACGUUCGUAUCUGGAAAGCACGGGCCGCAGAAAAGCUGGGUGCCCUGCAACCACGCGAACGGCAGGCGUUCAAAUAUAACGAAGCACUGAAGGAGAAGUUUGCUGCUCAUCCGCAGAUUCGACGAAUCGCUCAGCAUCGGCAUGUUCCGAAGGUCGUCUACAAGGAACGGCAGAAGCUGCAGACGGUUAAGCAGAAGAUUAAACGGAAGGAGGAGAAUGUUCGCCAGAAUUCGAAACCGGGCAAAGUUCCGUAUGUGGCGGAAACUAAGAAGAAAGUGCUGCGGGAAGAGAAAUAAUGGUUUGAUUCUACUAUCUUUUGUACAUGAAAUUGUUAAUCUUCGAAAUAAAUUUG